AUGCCUUCCUGGCUACGGUGCGUUGCCGUUGCCGUCGUCGGUUUGGUGCUAGUGGUGCCACUGCCCAGCGUCCACUCGCUGGCUUACGGUUGUACCAAAGGAGCCCUAUUACCACAUCCGCAGGAUUGCUCCAAGUAUCUGGAGUGUCGCGAGGAUACGCUGCUGCUGCUGACCUGUCUUGAGGGUGAAUUAUUUGAUGCCACCACGUCUAGCUGCCAAAAGAAAGCGGCGUGCCGUGAGCGCAAGGACGAGGCACUAUCGUUCGGUGCAGUGUAUUUGGGCCGUGCCAUCGUAGAACCAUGUGCUGGAUUCCGGCCCGGCUUCAAGAUGGCACACCCGGACGAUUGCAGUCUGUUCUAUCAGUGCACCCAGUCCGGAUCGGCGCUGUUCCGUUGUCCGGCGAACCUUAUGUUUCACUCGCACCUGAAAGUGUGCGUCUGGCCACAGCAGGUGGUGUGUGAACCGGUUCCUCCUGGUGGCGGUGGUGGGAAUGAAGAUGAUCCGGGUCUCGAUGACCUUUGUGAGCCGAGCUGCUUCCUGGAUCUGCGUUGUCCACUGAACUGUGAUCCGCUCUUGCCACCGAAGGUCUUCCCGCAUCCAAGCCGCUGUGAUGCAUUCUUCCGCUGCAACCCGACCGGGUACUCGUGUGAGGUCGUCUGUCCACCCGGAAUGUGGUUCAGCAGCAUCUUCCAGCGCUGUGUCUACGCGGAACUGUCCGAGUGUGUACCGGUUACCCGACCGAUCUGCCCAUACCCGAACUGUGAGCCCAACCCGGACUGUCCGGCGAUCGAUACCGUCCCUCCGACGAAGCUGCCGGUUCCGGGAGAUGAAAGUAGCUACUUCAUCUGUCGCGAUGGAUCGGCCUGUCUAAUACGGUGCCCACCUGGCCUAGUCUGGAACAUUAUCACACUGCAAUGUGACAGACCCGAGGACGUCGAGACUCCUGAACCACCAGUAACGCCGGAACCUCCGGUUACUCCCGAACCACCAGUAACGCCGGAACCUCCGGUUACUCCCGAGCCAACGCCUGAACCUCCUGUUACUCCCGAACCACCAGUAACGCCUGAACCUCCGGUUACUCCCGAGCCAACGCCUGAACCUCCUGUUACUCCCGAACCACCAGUAACGCCUGAACCUCCAGUUACUCCCGAACCAACGCCCGAACCUCCGGUUACUCCCGAACCAACGCCCGAACCUCCGGUUACUCCCGAACCAACGCCUGAACCGCCGGUAACGCCAGAGCCCUCAACUCCAGCGCCUAUUACAACCACUACCACCGGAGACUGUCCUACGUGUCCACCCUCGAACUGUGUUCCCGAUCCACGGUGCCCGAUCUGCGAGAAGUGCGAGCCAACGUUCUUCCCGCACGAGAACUGCGAAUUGUACUACAAGUGCAGCUUCGGUAGUAUCUGCGAGAUGAAGUGCCCACCGGGACUGCACUUUAACUACCGCGAACGGGUGUGCGAUUGGCCGGAGCAGGCCGGUUGUGCAGGCCCUCCGAUUCCGGAUUAUCCUCCGGAAGAUUCCGGAGCCUGCCAGCCGCACCCAGGCUGUCCGCCCAACAACAACAUCGAAUGGUUCCUUCCGCAUCCCUAUAGCUGCGGACUGUUCUACAAGUGUAGCUGGGGUAAUGCCUGUCUGAAGGAGUGUCCCGAUGGAUUACACUGGAGCAUCACGCACAAUCGCUGCGAGUGGCCGAAUCUGGCCGGUUGUGACCCAACGAUACCGCCGAACGAUCCCAGCUGCCCGACCUGCCCGUGCGAACCGUGCCGCUCGAAGCGUAACGCCUGCCAUCCAUCGGCACGCUGUCCGCAGGGUUAUAGCUGGUUUACUAAACAAACGUUUAGCUACGGCCACGAAUACUACUGCGACCAGUUCUACGAGUGUCUAUCGGGACAGGCUUGCAUCCUCGACUGCCCACCGGGACUCGAGUACAGUGGCGGCGUCAGUCGGUGUGACGUACCGAGCAAGGCCAAGUGUAGUCUUAACUCGAAACCGAAACCAUUCGAUUGGUACAAAUAA